AUGAAUUCUACUACUGCUAUUACCAGCAUAUUAAUGAUAAAAAUGAUGAAAAUCGUUUUUCCUGUAAAAGACAAUAAUCCUGAUCAAUUCCGGUUUGUAGAAGAGCCUUUGGGUGAGUUUAUUACAUCAAUUAAACAUCAUCAACGAAGGUUGAAAGACCUUGAAGAAGACGACGACGAAAAAGCUAGUAUCCUGACGUUUAUUGGUCUGGCGUACUACAAGUUGGGUUCUUACUCUCAGUCGAUAACUUAUUUUGAAGAUCUAGUGUCUGUGGCACAAAGUCUUGGAGACCGAAAGACUCUUGGACAUGCUUACACUAACCUAGGCUGUAUUCACCGCACAAUUGGGAAUAUAACACAAGCUUUGGAAUAUUUCGAUAAGUCGCUUGCCCUUGCGAGGGAUCGCGACGAUCAAUUAGCAAUUGCAAAAAAUCUCAAUAAUAUUGGAAACAUAUAUGAAAUACAGCAUCACAUAGAAGAUGCUGUGGAUUGCCACGAAGAAAGACUGCAGAUAGCUCGUUCACUAGGUGACUUAGACGGGUUAUGCAAGGCUUGUGGUUGUCUUGGCUCUUUAUACCUUAUAAAGGGACAUUUGUACAAUAGCAUAAGUCGAUACGAAGAACUGUUGGACGCACUCAGGACGAAACUACGAAUUCAAGUCGUUUUGGCGGAUGACAACUCUGAUAGUGACGGUGAAGUUGACUUGGAUGAGAUAGCAUAUGAUAUGUUCAGGGAUCAAAUGGAAGCUUUGAACAAGAAGAACGAAAAAAAAGAUAAAUCAUCUUUAACACAGAAAGUACGACAAACAUUUUCGAAUAUUGGUUUUCUUGCAAAAAGUGUAGUCAAACAGUAGCUUAUAAUGAAGAUUACAUUCUUAUAUUUAUUAA